AUGCCUCGUGGCCAAAAGAGCAAGCUCCGUGCCCGCGAGAAGCGCCGCCAGGCCCGUGCCCAAAAUACAGUGGAGGAACCAGCCUCUCCCGAUCCUUCCUAUGAGGGUCCAGAUCAGGCUAGUCCUGCUGCUGGUAUGCCUACACCUCCGAACAAGCUGCAGGGGGCACACUGUACCUUUCCUCACACAUAUGAAAAUACAGGUGCCAGAAACCAAGAUGAGAAAAGUUCAGAUGAUUCUGACAUCGAGGUCUGGAGUAAAGAUCCGACAAACCACAAAGUAGUCUUACUGGUACAGUUCCUGAUGGAGAAGUAUCAAAAGAAGGAGGUUAUUACAAGGGCAGAUAUGCUGAAGUGUGUUAUCAAAACAUCAAAAAACCACUUCACUGAGAUUCUAAAGAGAGCCACAGAGCACAUGGAACUAGCCUUUGGUGUUGAUCUGAAGGAAGUCGAUCCUAUCAGACACUGCUAUGCCCUUUUCAACAAACUAGACCAUACCUAUGAUGGAGUAAAGGAAGAAAAAAUGCCCAAUACUGGCCUAUUAAUGAUGGUUCUUGGUGUGAUCUUCAAGAAAAAUAACUGUGCCUCUGAAAAGGAGGUCUGGGAAGUGCUGAAUAUGAUGGGUGUAUAUGCUCACAAGAAACACUUCAUCUACGGAGAGCCUAAGAAAGUUAUCACUGAAGAUUUGGUCAGGCUGAAGUAUCUGGAGUACCGAAAAGUGCCCAACAGCAAUCCUCCAUCCUUCGAAUUCACAUGGGGUUCCAGAGCCCAGGCUGAAAUCAGCAAGAUGAAAAUCCUGGAGUUUUGGGCCAAGAUC